GUUGGGAGAAAGAACUUGAUACAGAAAUCACACGGACCUACAGUUUAGGGGUGGUGAAAUGUGUAACCUUGUUGCAAGUAUCUUUGGCGAGUGAUAGGAGCAAGUGAGAUCACCGAGAUCUCCCAUUUGGAUAGAGUUGAGGUGUUGGGCAAGGACGGCAUCGGCUCUUUUUCAGGCACAGUUCAAAUAUAUUUGAAUAUAUAACGGUAACACCCUGGAAAUGUCCGAAAACAAGCCGAAUGAUGAUCCGAAGUUAUCUACGACGGACAGGGUAGUAAAAUCUGUCCCGUUCCCACCAAGUCACCGGCUCACAGCCAAGGAGGUGUUUGACAGUGAUGGGAAGCCCAAAGUGGACGUGCUCAAAGGCCACCUGACCAAGGAGGGCCGCGUGGAGGAGAGCGUAGCCCUCAGACUCAUCGGAGAGGGAGCGGCCAUCUUGAGGGCUGAGAAGAACCUGCUGGACAUAGAGGCACCCGUGACAGUUUGUGGAGACAUCCAUGGCCAGUUCUUUGACCUGAUGAAGCUGUUUGAAGUAGGAGGGUCACCGGCUAGCACACGCUACCUUUUCUUGGGCGACUACGUUGACAGAGGAUAUUUCAGUAUUGAAUGUGUGCUGUACUUGUGGGCCUUAAAGAUCCUAUACCCCAAAACACUAUUUUUGCUCCGUGGGAACCACGAAUGUAGACAUUUAACAGAGUAUUUCACAUUUAAGCAGGAAUGUAGAAUUAAGUAUUCGGAGCGGGUGUACGAUGAGUGUAUGGAUGCCUUCGACUGCCUUCCCCUGGCCGCCCUUAUGAACCAGCAGUUCCUGUGUGUACACGGAGGACUUUCCCCAGAAAUCUCAAACCUUGACGACAUCAGGAAAUUAGACAGAUUCAAAGAGCCCCCUGCGUACGGGCCCAUGUGUGACCUGUUGUGGUCAGACCCCCUGGAGGACUUUGGGAACGAGAAGAGCCAAGAACACUUCACACACAACACAGUGAGAGGCUGCUCCUACUUCUACAGCUACCCCGCUGUCUGCGACUUUCUACAACACAAUAACUUGUUAUCUGUCAUUCGAGCCCAUGAAGCACAGGACGCUGGGUACCGCAUGUACAGGAAGAGCCAGACGACAGGGUUUCCUUCUCUCAUCACCAUCUUCUCAGCACCCAACUACCUAGACGUCUACAAUAACAAAGCUGCAGUACUGAAGUAUGAGAACAACGUGAUGAACAUCAGGCAGUUCAACUGCUCACCUCACCCCUACUGGCUGCCCAACUUCAUGGAUGUCUUCACCUGGUCCCUCCCCUUUGUCGGGGAGAAAGUCACUGAGAUGCUGGUUAACGUGUUAAGCAUCUGCUCCAAUGAUGAGCUGACGACAGACGAGGAGAUCGAUGGACAACUAAUAUAUGUCCCCAAGAAAGGUGCCACAGCCUCUGCACGCAAGGAGGUCAUCAGAAACAAGAUCCGUGCCAUUGGCAAGAUGGCGAGGGUAUUCUCUGUCCUAAGGGAGGAGAGUGAAAGUGUGUUGACACUGAAGGGGCUGACCCCCACCGGCAUGCUGCCCAGUGGAGUGCUGUCCGGGGGCAAGGAGAAGCUCCAGAAUGAAACCACAGCUACUAUUGAGGCUAUUGAGGCAGAUGAAGCCAUCAAGGGCUUCUCGCCACAGCACAAAAUCACCAGCUUUGAGGAGGCCAAGGGCCUGGACCGCAUCAACGAGCGGAUGCCCCCAAGGCGGGACGGCCUCCCCUCCGACGCCAGCCUCAACUCCCUUAACAAGGCUCUGUCCUCGGAGACCAAUGGCACGGACGCCAAGGACAGCAGCAGCAGCAUCCAGUGAAGGGGCACACUCCACCGCAGCGGGUGGUGGUGGCAGCCUGUGGCGACCAGGGUGGGGUGUUAUACCACCAUCCUCCUCGUCGCAGUCUGCCACAGGGCGGAAUAGAGGAGAGAGCAGGGUGGAGGAGAAAAGGGAGGGACGAGAUCAGGAAUGCGGCUUACAGGAAGUGGUGCUCACAGGAAGUGAGCACCAUUAAAAAAAAAUACUUGUAGAAACGACAAAGUUUUUCGCAUUGUUCACUCUUUUGGGCCCUUGGCCUCCUCGAAGCUGGUGAUGACGUGCUUGAUUCUGUACUUCAGUAUGAGAGAGACAGACUGAGAGAGACCAAGAGAAAGAGAUCCUAAAGGAGAUGUUUUAUGAAAGCCCCUCACUCAUUUUACUGCAGGGCUCUCCAACCCUGUUCCUGGAGAAUUACCCUCCUCUAGGUUUUCGCUACAACCCCAGUUGUAUCUCACCUGAUUCAGCUCAUCUACAAGCUAAUUAUUAGAAUCAGGUGCGCUAGAUUAGGGUUUGAGUAAAAACCAACAGGACUGUAGCUCUCCAGGAACAGGGUUGGAGAGCCCUGUUCUACUGGAUAUGAAAAUGUGGUGUAACUUCUUACUAACUAUUGUACGUUUACAAAAUACAGCACUAAAAAGGACAGAACAUUAAAAAAAUGUUUUUAACAUAAGGGUGUACAAACUAAGUAAAGAAUAUUUAUUGAUAACUUUUUUUGCUACUCUUAUAAAAUAGCUCUCAGAUAAAUUAGGCAGUCUUAAAAAGAAUGUUGCAACCUUGUUGAAAUGCCAAACAUUUUUACGUUUUAUGGUUUUGUACAGAUUAUGCUUACCCCAGGUUCAUUUGGUGUGUGCUUUUGACCCGGAUUUCUGUAUAAUGGCUAAUUAUUACCUUACUGAUGAAUAUCUAUUUUGGGGGAAAUUUCACAACUGGAAUUUACAUUUAUCUAUAAUUUGCAAAUAUAAAAAAAAAUGUUUUUGGGGAUAGAGAUUUUAUUGUGUCUUGCUGGAAUUCUGUGAAUGUUCAUUUCUCUUUUUAAAGUAUUGCGAACAAAGUAAGCGUAAAGAACCGAUAUUGUGUAAAAAAAGACAAACUAAAAGUGUCUGCCUAUGCAUGUUUUAUAAACUCAAACAGAGAAAAUUGAUAAAUUAAUUGAAUACCUUGGCUGCCGGGGCCUGUUUUGAAAUGUAGUGUGCUUAGUGAACAUAUACUGGCAUUCAUUAAAUUACAUCAUGAUAAUGCUUUUUCCCUCAACUUCUUUUAAAAUUGUUGCGUUUGAUUAUCUGACAUGGAGGAGGGAUCAUAUUUUUAACAUGCGCUUGUAAGUGCACACAGUCAAAUUUAGUAUGUUUGACCAUUCUUGUGAGGUUUGUGGUUACAUGUGGAACUCAAAAUGCAUGAUAGCUGUUAAUGUCAUAUAACGGUUAAGACAUUGUCGUUCUGUUUUGUACACGUGCCACAGAAAGUGUCAUUUGAUUAUUAGGAUUAUUGUUAUUAUUUGGAACUCUGCUUUGUAUAUCAAUAAAACUAAAAACUCCAUGACCUUUAAAAAAAAAAAAAAAUUAUAUGCCCAAGUAUUUCACUACAUGACAUGAAGCUUUGCUUUUGUAAUUUAACUUUGAAACAGUUGGCAGAUGAAGCAUGCACACGCAACUAUGAAAAAGUAUUUUAUAUUACUGUUCAAUAAAAAAAUUGCAUGAAUUUCAACUUAAACAGUUUUUUUUGUGUGUGAUAUAGCCAGAAUUUCCUCUUCUCAGAUUUCAAGUCUGCGAACUGAAAAUCAAUGUAAACAUAUUAAAUAAAAAUGUAUUGCAUUCGAAA